AUGACUUAAUUGUAUGAUGAUGGAAGAAUGUAAAAUCGAGUGUAAAUUAAUUGGUAUUUUGAUGAAAAAGAAGAUUUGAAUAAAUUAUAUUUUAUGGAAUUUAUAAUUGAUAAGAAAUUUCAUUAAUAACGAAAUAUAUGGACAGAGAUUAAUUUGUCUAUUUUCCUUUGUUAUGAUAAAUUAAAUAAAGAUCAGAAUAACAAAAAUAAAGGAAAAGUGCUAAUUAUCACAAGUACAUAAAUAAAAUUGGAAAAAUUAUAAAAUAAAUUAUUCGUGGAUAAAAACAGUUGUUAAAUAUUGAUUAGUUCUUAUAUAAGUAGAAUAGUUAAUUUGAUAAAAUAAUGUGGAAAGGAAAUAACUUCUAAAGUUAAAUUCUGUGGAAGGAAUCCAGAAAAGUUAAAUGGGAAGUUCCAAGUAUCUAAAAACACAAUUAACAAUACUAUAAAGUAAGAUAGAAGAGAUUCGAUUAAUGAGUUAUGA